UCUCAAUCUCUCAAACGGAAUCGUUCCUUUUCUUCUUCUUCCUCAAAUCAAAAUAAAAACCGCAGUCCAGCAAUCCAUGGACAGACAUCUGCUUAAAUAAGCAGUGCCACAUGCUCCAUGGCGCCCCCCGAUUGGUUCCCUGUCGAUCCUGCCGACACCCGAAAACGAACUGGCCUGACUUUAGAGGCUGCCAUCCUUUCUUCCUUUCUUCCCUUCUUCCCUACUUCUUCACUCUUCUCCUCUCUUUAUCAUUGUCCUUCCAAUUUCAUAAAACACCAGAAAAAAAAAAAUACAAAAUAUGUCCUUCGCUGGGCUGCGAAAAACCUCCAUUUGAAUUUCGCAGAUCGCCCUUCGUUUCUCUAGUUUGGUCUAGAUCGUUUGCCUGGGGCCCCCACCAAGUUCGGCUUCAUCGGCUUCUCCAUCUUCUGAGCUGUUCCUCUCUUCUUUCUUACAUCUAUCUAUCGCUGGCUCGAUAAAUAUAACCACCAACUUCUUCACCACAUCAUGUUUGGUGAAGGUCAAGGCGAAACGGUCCGGGUCUAUGAUGUCCCUCCUUUCCUCGAUGACG